CUCGCGCUCAGGCGCGCACGUGCAGCCUGCACUCGAGCUCUACGAUGGCCCAGCCAGGGCCUGCAGCGCACCACGCACUCGCCAACGCGCUCCCUGUCGCUCCCGCUCCCCCACACGCCGCCGUCGCCCCGGUCGUCCCACCUCGUCCAGCUCGAGCUGCGCCCCAGCCCGGCACGCCCCUCAUGGCCCUCGAGAAGCGCAACUACAUUAACCUCGCCGACUCGGACAGCGACGACGAGGCCGACGCGCCGAGGGCGGCCAAGGCCCCGCGAGCUGCCGGCGCACGAGGAGCGCACGAGGGCGUCGACGAGGCGCAGCGAGGCGCAGGACGGGCCGACAACGAGGACAAGGUCCGCCAUCGGCGCGCCGAGGUCGUCCUGAGCGACGACGAGGACGACGACGUCCUCAUGGACCUCGACCUCGUCGACGUCGACGCGGCCGAGUACCGGCGCGGCGCCGCAGCUCGUGCGGCCGCCUCGUUCGCCAAAGAGCACCCGCCGCAGCACGAGCGUGCUCCCACCCCUCCUCCCGUCGCCGGCCCCGCCCCAGCCGAGCACCCCCUCCCCCCUCCCGCGCCGCCGCACCCCGAGCCGCGCGCGCACCACCGCUCGCCCUCGCCGGCAUUCGACGCCGACCCGCUCACGACGGCGCUCGACACCGUGUCGAGCAUACUCCCCGACGUGUGCCGCGCGACGGUGCGCACGCUGCUCGGCGGGCAGGCGGCGCUCGGGCCGGUCAACGUCGAGGCGGUGCUCGACGAGCUCUUUGGAUGGGAGGGCGGGUACCCGAGAGAGGGCGAGGGUGCGGCGGGACGUGCGGGAGAGUCGCCCGACGGGAGCGAGGGCAAGGGCAAGGGCAAGGCGAGGGCGCGGGACGAGGACGAGGACGAGAUGGGGCGAGGCGGUACGGUCGGGCUCGACGAGUACGAGGAGGAGGCGCUGCGAGUCGCCAAGCAGUGGGUCGAUGUCGCCGCGAGGAAGGCGCCUGGGCGUGUGUACGAGGACGCAGCCCUCCUCCAGCUCUACGCCGACUUCCCGAUCCUGCGCCAAGUCGACCUCAAGCACCUGUUCGCGUCCAACUCGUCGCUGUACGGCCCGACGUGGCUCGCCGUCGACGCCGCGUUCCGACUGCCGGUCGAGGCGCGCCCGUUCAAGGAGAUGGCGGCACCGCGCGCCGACAAGGGCAAGGCCAAGGCCAACGUGCAUGACGAGCUCGAGAGAGAGAAGACCUGGAUCAAGGACCACUCGGCAUGCUACCUCGCCGCCGUCGCCCACAGUGCCGCUCUCGAGGCUCGGCUCGAGGCCGAGGUCGCGUCGGGCGCCUACUUCGAGUGCGGGUGCUGCUUCGCCGACGUCGCCCUCUCGCAGAUGGUCACGUGCGCCGAGGGCUGCCACUUCUGCAAGGACUGCGCGCGCAUGAACGCCGACACGCAGAUCGGCAUGCGCAAAUACGUCCUGCCCUGCAUGUCGACCUCGGGCUGCUCGGCCAAGUUCCUCGAGCGCGAGUACCCGUCGUUCCUGUCGCGCAAGUCGAUCGCAGCGCUGCACCGCAUCAAGCAGGAGAAGGAGAUUGACGAGGCGGCCCUCGAGGGGCUCGAGAAGUGCCCGUUCUGCCCGUUCGCCAUGAUCAUCGAGAACCCGGAGGAGCGCCUGUUCAGGUGUCAGCGCGAGGACUGCGAGGUCGUAUCGUGCCGCGAGUGCAAGAAGAAGGACCACCUGCCCGCAACGUGCGCCGAGGCGUCCGACGACGCGCGCCUGAGCAAGUUUCACGCCGUCGAGGAGGCCAUGUCGGCGGCCCUCAUCCGCCGCUGCCCGAAGCCUGGGUGCGGCGAGCCGUACGUCAAGGAGCCAAAUACGUGCAACAAGAUCGUCUGCUCGGCGUGCAGGACGCUGUCGUGCUACAUGUGCGUCGGGCUCUCCUCCCUCUCUUCGUCCCCCAUGUCGUCGGUCGAGGGUCGGCGAGAGCCGGCUCUCGUCGUCCUUGGCCCUCGCCUCUCCUUCUCGCGCCUCGACUGAC